AUGCUUUUUUUGCUGUACUUCAUUAUUUUCAUUGCCGGACAAGGUGUCGUUGCUGCUCCUCUAAAUGAUAAAUGGGUGACUAUUUUCAAUCCACCUGCCACCAUUAUUGGAUCAUCUCGAAAUGGAAUUGACAGCUUUAAUGGAAUCCCUUUCGCACUACCACCAGUAGGUCCUUUACGAUUGAAACCACCUCAGCCGAUCACUAUACCUUUUGGUAUCAUUAAGGCCACUGGUGGAGCCAGAUCCUGCCCACAGUUCUUUUUCACCACCAACACCAAGAACUAUCUUCAAUCAAUUUUAGGAAAAUUCAUGAACACAAUACUACUCCAAACUGUUGUAGACGCAGGUGAAGAUUGCCUUAACCUCAGUAUUCGUCGCCCAGCGGGGACCAAAUCUGGAGCAAAGUUGCCGGUCAUCGUCUGGAUUUAUGGUGGUGGAUUUGAAAUUGGAUCAACUGGGUCUUACGAUGGGGGUCCAUUCGUCUCCUCUGCUGUGAAAUUGGGAAUGCCGGUGGUCUUUUUGGCCAUGAACUAUCGGGUUGGAGGAUUUGGUUUCAUGCCCGGGUCCGAGAUACUCCAAGAUGGAUCAUCCAACUUAGGCCUUUUGGACCAGCGACUGGCCCUCCAAUGGGUCGCCGAGAAUAUUGAGGCCUUUGGAGGGGAUCCAUCGAAGGUGACUAUCUGGGGGGAAAGUGCGGGAUCCAUUUCCGUCUUCAAUCAAAUGUCCAUGUACGAUGGCAAUCAUAUCCACAACGGCUUCCCCCUUUUUCAAGGAGCGAUUAUGGAUUCUGGAACAAUGGUCCCUGCCGAGCCGGUGGACGGUGUCAAAGGCCAGGCAACCUACGAUGCUGUUGUUAGGGCGGCUGGCUGUACCGAGGCCAUCAAUACGCUUGAUUGUCUGCGAGGUCUGGACUAUCACACCUUCCUCAACGCCGCUAAUUCCGUGCCGGGAGUUUUCUCUUACAACUCGGUCUCACUAGCAUAUGUGCCCCGACCAGAUGGUACUGUGCUCACGGAUUCAGCUGACCACCUUGCUGCGAGUGGUCGGUAUGCCUCUAUUCCUUUUAUUACAGGGGAUCAAGAAGAUGAGGGAACCAUUUUCGCCCUAUUCCAAGCCAACAUCACAACCACAGAUGAAUUGAUUGACUACUUCAAAGAUCUCUAUUUCUUUAAUGCAUCACAUCAACAGAUUGCAGAGUUGGUCGCAAUGUACCCUGAUGACGCAAAAGCAGGAUCUCCAUUCCAUACCGGUAACAGCCAUAACUGGUACCCUCAGUACAAGCGGCUGGCAGCAAUACUUGGAGACCUGUCCUUUACAUUGACCCGUCGAGUAUUUCUCUCAUAUGCCAUCAAAGCAAAGCCAGAUGUACCUUUUUGGUCGUACCUUUCCUCAUAUGACUAUGGUCUUCCUCUUUUGGGCACGUUCCAUGGAUCUGACAUCCUUCAAGUAUUCUACGGACUCUUGCCAAACUACGCAUCCAAGUCAAUUCACACUUACUACCUAUCGUUUGCAUACGACCGGGAUCCAAACUCUCGCGCAAAAGCAUUCAUGAAAUGGCCCAAGUGGGGCGAAAAGCACAAAAUGAUGAACUUUUUCAAUAACUACGGUGCUAUUAUGAGGGACGAUUUCCGACAAAAUGUGAGCGACUUCAUUGGAAACAAUUCAGAAUCUUUCCACAUCUAG